UGCGCGUGAACAGGGUGGCUGCGCGAGCUGACGGCGGACGCGCGGGCCGCGGCCGACGCACCCCUCGCACACGGCGCAGGCGCGCGGCGCAGACCGACGCUCACCGGCAUGGAUCGAUGAGAUAAACGCGCAACCCCGCUGCAAAAAUCAAUACCCUUUCCAUCGAUUUUUACAGCCGCAGCCGCCGCACACUAGAUUUGAGGGUCGCACGCGGUGGUUGCGCGCAUUGUUUUCAUAUAUUUCUUUAGCUUUAUAGUUUUCGUAGACGCGACCUCAUUAGGAUUUUAUUGUGUAUGUAAGAAAGUUAUGAACAAAUAGUAAAGUCGUUAUCGUAACCAUUUUAAAAUAUCGAUUUUCCUAAUUUCCGGUUUUUACAAGAUGGAGUGGACGUGAUAUAACGACAAUGACGUCGACGGACACAUAUCAGUUGAAAUGGCACUCGCACAGUUCACAUUUGAACGGGUCCGUUGCGGCUUUGCUGCGCUCGGAGCGGUUCACGGAUGUGGUGCUGUGCACGAUGGACGGGUCUCAAAUCCCGGCUCACAAGUUCAUCCUCAGUUCGUGCAGUGUUUACUUGAGCGGGUUGUUCGAGGGCCAGCGGCAUGUCACGCGGAUGGGCGGUAUGCUUUACGUCGUUCUGCCGUCGGAGAUAUCUACGAAGGCGCUCAAGAUUUUAGUGGAGUAUAUGUAUAAAGGUGAAACAACAGUUUCGAAUGAAGUUCUAGAUACAGUAUUAAAAGCCGGUGAGGUCCUAAAGAUCCGAGGCUUAUGGCGGCAGACGGAUGAAGCUGGUGACCCUCCGGCGGAGAAGACAACCACACAAGUAGCUAGUGUUAACAAACAGCCGGUGAAGAAACCGGAGGACUUACAGCCUAAGAUUGCAGUCAAGAAAGAUGAUAAACUACUUAAGAGUUUUACACCAAUGCAGCAGCAAGGGGUCACAAGACCCAUGUUCAUCGGACCACCCAAACUGGUGUUCAUCAAGACCACAGAGGGAGGCACACAGGCGGCGAUACGAUCGGCCGGGCCUAAGGGCCAAACUAUACUGGUUGCACCCGCGCCCUCCCUGGACACCUCUACCACCUCUGCUACUACUACCACAACCUCCACUUCAAUAGCUAUAGCUUCGACGACGAUAGCGGACGACUCGCCGGACGAGGCGCCGGCGCCGCGCAUCCUGCGCCGGCACGCGGCCGAGCGCAAGUACGGCAAGCGGCAGAAACCCGACGACACCGACGACAAGGAUGCCGACGAUACUGCCUCCAAAAAAUCAACAGCAAGCAACAACGACCCAGACGUGUCUAUAAAGGAGGAGCCGGAAUGGGACGCAUCCAGCAUCGAAGAGGAGGAACGAUCGAUCGCCGAAAUGUUCCAACAAGAGAUGAGCGUCAAACAAGAGCCUGAGGAUCUGGAUAUCGACGAGGAGGGACUGGUGUACAGCCCGCUGGCGUGCGAGCUGUGCGCGGAGGUGUUCACGCUGCCGGCCGCCUGGGUGCGCCACGUGCAGGGCCACGCGCGCGCCGACCACACGCACGCGCGCAAGCGCAAGCAUCGCUCCGCGGUACGUACACCCCUCCCCUCUACAACUACCGGCCAGGUGUACAGCCCGCUGGCGUGCGAGCUGUGCGCGGAGGUGUUCACGCUGCCGGCCGCCUGGGUGCGCCACGUGCAGGGCCACGCGCGCGCCGACCACACGCACGCGCGCAAGCGCAAGCAUCGCUCCGCGGUACGUACACCCCUCCCCUCUACAACUACCGGCCAGGUGUACAGCCCGCUGGCGUGCGAGCUGUGCGCGGAGGUGUUCACGCUGCCGGCCGCCUGGGUGCGCCACGUGCAGGGCCACGCGCGCGCCGACCACACGCACGCGCGCAAGCGCAAGCAUCGCUCCGCGGUACGUACACCCCUCCCCUCUACAACUACCGGCCAGGUGUACAGCCCGCUGGCGUGCGAGCUGUGCGCGGAGGUGUUCACGCUGCCGGCCGCCUGGGUGCGCCACGUGCAGGGCCACGCGCGCGCCGACCACACGCACGCGCGCAAGCGCAAGCAUCGCUCCGCGAGCGAUGACACCGAGGAGACGAUGGCACUACUCCGCUGCGAUCUUUGCCAAAAGCACUUCCCCAACCCCGCCGAGUGGGUACGCCACGUGCAGAGCACCCACACUGAAACAGAAUUGGCCAUAUCAAACAACAGUGCCCCACCAAAACGUCACAAUCGUUUCACAGAGGGCGCGCAAAACAAGACUUGCUCGCACUGCAAGAAAACCUUCCCGUCGCAUGCCUCCAUGCUCAUACACAUGAGGACGCAUACAGGUGAGCGUCCGUUCGUAUGCGGGCUGUGCAACAAAGGUUUCAACGUGAAGUCCAACUUAUUGCGGCAUCUCCGCACGCUGCACGACCAGAUCAUCAGCCCCGCGCUGGUCGAGGGCGAGGCGGACGACGAGACCGAGGGCCCGAGCGAGGUGAAGCGCGAGUCCUGAGGGCGCGGGGGGGCGGGGCGGGGGCGGGGGCGGCGAGGCCGGCGCGCGGUGCCGCCGCCGCCGCCGCGCAAGCAGAGCUACUCGCUGUUCCUCAAGCAGCGCGCCGUGCUCUUCUCCGCCAAGAAGUGGAAGCAGUAGCCCGCCGGACCUGCGC